AUGCGGGAUCUGCAGCUGCCGCUGCUGGCUUGGUGCGUGGGUGCCCUGAUUCUGAUCCUGAUCCUCACUAGCCUGGUCCUUGUCUGUUCCGUGCUGCCAACAACCCUGUACCCAGUGGCGACCUGUUUUGGUGGACCGUUUGACUGCCUUGUUACCGAAGCCAGAUGUGGUUGGCACGCCUGGGGCUUCCGGAAGUUGUUGCGCGUGCCCUACAAUGCCUUCUCCGCCUUGCCGGGCUGGGUUGUGGUCUUGAGGUUGGGCUUGUGCUUUGGCGGUGACUGA